CGGGCGGCGGCGGCGGCGGGCGCGCGGGGUGCGGGCCGGCUCGGGCGCGGAGGAUGAAGUGGAGCGUCCGCGGGGCCUGCGCCGCGCUCUCCUCCUGCCUCCUGCUCGCCUGCGCGCUCAGCGCCGCCGCCGUCGGCCUCAAGUGCUUCUCGCUGGGCUCGGAGCUGCGCGGGGAGCCGUUCCGGCUGGGGGCGGCCGCCGGCGCCUUCUACUCGGGGCUGCUGCUGGCCGCCGGCCUUUCGCUGCUCGGCGCCGCCCUGCUCUGCUGCGGGCCCCGGGACGCGCCGCUCGCGGGGUCGGGCCCGGGCCCGGGGCUCGGGGUCCCCGCGGCCGCGGCGGGGGCUCCCGAGGCCGCGCCGGGAGAGCCGGGGGCCGCGGCCGGGCCCUCGGGGCCGGGGAGCAGCCAGAACCUGCUGCUGCUCGGCGUCCUCGUCUUCAUGCUCGGGGUCCUCAGCGCCUUCGCGGGCGCCGUGAUCGACGGCGACACCGUGUCCCUCGUGGAGCGCAAGUACUCCCACUACUGCCUGCCCCCGCGCGCGCCGGCCCCCGGCCCCGCCGCCGCCGCCGCCGCCGCCGCCGCCGCCGCCCCCGGCCCGGCCCCCGGCGCGCCGCGCGCCCGCAGCACCCUGGACAGCGCCACGUCGGCCAAGUGCCGCCAGCUCAAGGACUACCAGCGCGGCCUGGUGCUCUCCACCGUCUUCAACUCGCUCGAGUGCCUGCUGGGCCUGCUCAGCCUCCUGCUCGUCAAGAACUACCGCGCGUCGCAGGCGCGGCGCGGCCGGCGCGGCCGGCGGAGGGCGGCCCGGGCCCUGGCGCGGCCCCGCGGCGGCCCCGGGCUCCGCGCGCAGCCGCCAGCCUCCCGGGCGCGGCGGGGCCGGCGGGGCCGGCGCGGUCGGCGGCUGCAGCCGCGGCCGAGCGACGCUUCCAUCCUGUCCCCGGAGGACUCGGACGUGGCCGCCCCGGGGGACUGCGCUGGCUUCGGGGCGCACCACGCAGUCUCCUACAUCAACGUGGGCGUCUUCCACGCGCUCGACGAGGCGGGUGUGGAGGUGUGCUGCGGAGGGCACCCGUCGGUGGAGCUGCCGGGGUACGCGCCCUCGGACCCCGACCUCAACGCCUCCUACCCCUACUGCUGCCGGCAGCCCUGCGAGGCCGCGCGCCCCUGGGAGCCGAGCCGGGCCUGCUGAGCCCUGGGGCCCUCCCCGGAAGGACGGACGGACGGCGCGCCAGCCGGCGCGGGCCUCCGCGGCCGACCACCGCCCGCCGCCCGCGAGCGAGGACCAGGCCUGCCGAGGACAUGCCGCGGAGAUGCACCUUCAGGGGUGGACUGGCCUCGCGUCGCUGAGGGCCCCUCGCCGAGAGACUGGGCCUCCAGUAUUACCAUUUCUGUGUCUGGGAGGUUUCUCUUCUUUUCUGUGUCUGUUCGUAUCCGGAUUCCGUUUUAAAGUUUACAAUAAAUGUUUCGGGGCUGCCUCGCCCCCAUCGCACUUCUCUUUGGCAAAGUCCGGUCCAGGGUGAGAGCUCAGAAAGAGAGGGUGAUUUCGCGGGAGGAAGAACCCUCGCCGAGAGGACAGAAGGAGCAGAAUGGCAGAAGUGAAAACGCACCCAACAAGCGACACUUUGUACACGGAUGUGCCUGCUUUUGUUGAUACUUUCUUACUGUAAAGCUCUCCAUAAACAGUGAAAAUGUUUGGUAAAUUUAUUGCAAUUUAAAAUUGGUUAGUUCCUUUAUUAAAUUAAUUGCUAUGUUAUUGGAGAUAUUCAUCAAAUUGGAGUUAGAGGGUGUCGACACACAACCCGCUUUGGGGCCAGUGGUUGGACCUGGUCAGACAAACGCUGAGUUGGAGUUUUCUGCUGGGCGGUUGCCUCCAUCCAACCUCUUCCUGCAGUUAACUUCCCUGUGUGUGUACCAGGUCCCAAACGUUUCUUUUUUUGGAAAUUGGCGGUGGGGUUUCUACUGCAAAGCUGAGCUUAUUUUUGGUUAGUAUAUAUGAACAAUCCAAUCCUAUUUUGGAAAAUCACAGUCAUAGUUUUUUUUCUGGCAAGGAUUAUUUUCCUGUUGAUUAAUUCAGUGAUCUGGUAAUUUUUGCAUAUUAUAGCAUUUCAUUUAAAAUACACCCCUUAAAUAGCCUUAA